AUGGCUUAUCGGGUGCCCAGAAAUCGGAAAGAGGACUUCACUCCCACGAAUGGGCAAUUGUCAGUUUCUUCACGCACAAAACUCCCACCAGGUCCUCGGGCAGUCAAGAAGGAAAAACCGGCCACUAAAGAUCUACACGGCACCAUAGAGUCUCAAGCUCAAUCCGAACAGCCUGAAUCUGAUCCGGCUCUUCAUUUUGACAACAGAUACUCACCUAACUCCUAUUACCUCGCCGAUAACAAUCAUAGAAGCAAAUCUGUUACCAUCGAUAUGGAGAACGGCGACGGUAUCAAGCGGAUUGGUGAGCUUGCCCAGAAGCUGAUCGAUCAUAUCAAUGAGAUGCGAAAAUUUGAACUUGAGCAUGUUGCUAGCCUUCCAAAACUCAUACUUGUCGGAGACCAGAGUGCUGGAAAAUCAUCUCUGAUGUGUGCCUUGGCAGGAAUACAUGUACCUCGCGACAAGGGCUGUUGCACUAGAUGUCCUGCCAACAUAAUUACCACACCAUCGGUAGAUUGGUCAUGCACCAUCUCACUUGUACAGGAUUAUAGGUACGACGCGCGAAAGGGACAGCCAGUUACGAUCAAGGACAUAAAAAAACACCAACCAUUUCCACCUUGGGUUAAGCAGGAUCAGGUCCAAACUGAGUUCGCUAGACUCACAGAUAAAUCAGAACUCGCGAAUUAUAUGAGAUGGGCUCAAAUUGCUCUACUCAACCAUGACCAGGAUUACAAGCAGUUCAUACCUGGCACCGGAGAAAGAGCUAAAGCAGGUAACACUGAUAUAGAAGCCAAAAUCACACCAAAUGUUGUCAAAGUCCAGAUUUACGGACCUCAACUUCCCGCUCUUUCAUUCUUCGAUUUACCUGGUAUUAUUUCCAAUAUGCCAAACCCAGAAGAGAAGUACUUGGUGGAUGUUUUCGAAAACCUUGCAAAAGAGUACAUUAAACAAGAAAAUACUUUGAUCAUCUUUGCCAUGAGUAUGACUGUUGACCCGGUCUUAUCGAGAGCGAAAAAGGUCAUCGAAGAUUUGAACGCCACAAGCCGAUGUGUGGGAGUACUGACAAAGCCAGACACUCUCGCAGAUAGGACAGGUAACACAGAUUUCGAGAAUAUCCUGAGAGGGAAGGAACAUCGACUGGGACAUGGCUGGUUAGUUACCAAACAGCCUGGGCAAGAAUUUCGAGCGAACGAAUCGGACUAUCAUGCAAACGCUCGCAAAGAAGAGGUGGAAUUCUUUGAAAAUGAUCCACUGUGGAAGGGUCCAUGGUCUGAUUUCCUCAACAGAUGUGGUACUAACCGAAUUCAAAAUGUACUUUCUGAACUCCUCGUGACUUCGAUUAAGGAAGACAUCCCUCAAAUACAAAAGAAACUUAGUGCGUAUAGAGCUAAGAUCGACGAAGAUCUCCGGAAGCUUCCAGAGUUGCCGAGCCAAAACGUUCAACUUGAGGUUCAGAGGUUAUUGCAUAAUUUCAGCCAAGACGUAAAGAGACUUGUGACCAGCGAACAUACUGAGACCAAUUUUCAUGGGGAUUGGACCAAGCUUUCGCGCCAAUUCCACGAUUUAUUGAUAUAUAUUAAGCCAUUGAUCGUCUGCUCGCAUAAAUCGGACACACAAAAGAUCCCGGUCAUUAAUCUUGACGAAAGUGAUGAUGAAGAAGAAUCUGCAUUGGUUGAUGCACCUGAUACAUCUGGUAGGAGGCGCAGAUUCCAAGAUGUAAGUAGUGAUGUUGUUCCCUCGCCAACAUUUAAAGCAGAAAACUCGACCCCUGAAAGACCCAGACCAAGACCGAUACUCAAUGCCAGAGGUCCGUCAAACCCUUUCCGAGGAACCGUCUUCCAGGAAUAUGCAGGACUUGGUCGAAACUUUGCGAGCAUUGGCGAUAUUCAAAACAGAAUGCAGAAUAGUAGCUAUGGUCUACCAAAGGUAGUAGAUCCCAGGAUUCACCGAUUUUAUUGUCAGAAAGCUGUGAGUAGGUGGAAAGAGCCCUACAAAGCAGUGCUUCUAGCCGCUAUGACAAUACUACGUCUGUCUGUACAAGGCAUUCUGGAGAAGCAUCUAGGUAUUUAUCGACAAACUUUCCUCUUCAAGAGAUCUAAGGAAGCUAUUCAUGAAUGGCUUGACAAGCUUCAAGAACAACAGCUCCAAACGCUUGAAGAUAUAUAUCAAACGGAAAACUUCGCUCCAUUCACUUUGAUGGAAGAUGGGAUCAACGAGAACAAGAAGGCUGAGCUGGAGAAGCUUCAGCAAUCUCGCCACAAGCAUCGUGCUAAUUGCUUUGUUGACAAACAGUUAGCCAUGAAUAUUAAAAAAAUCAAAGCGGAAAAAUCUACUCCCGAAUACCACAAGGCGAGACAGAUCCUCGUAAGUCAGGUCACCCCGGAACAAUUGGGUAGAGAUGACUUUGACGUUCAAAUCGAUGUCGCAGCUUACGUUCGAGGAUAUUAUGUUGUUGCAGCGAACAGAUUUGCGGAUAGUGUGUGUCUCAGCCUAAAUAAUCGUCUGUUUCGCCAUGUCCAUGAACAAGUCGAGAAUCAUCUUGAAAAUGUACUGGGUACUAAUCAUCCUGAAAAUGGCAUUAGCAACAGCCAAAUUUUAAUGCAGGAAGACAACAAUGUGGCCGAAGAUCGUCGCAAACUAUACAAAGCGAAAAAGAAUCUUACAGAUUUCGAAGAGCGAUUCAUGGACCUUGUUGCAGACUGCAAUAGCCCUGGAGUUGAUGGGUACAAUGAUCCAUGUCUUACAUCCCCAGAAGAAGCUAAUCGUUCAGAAACCCCAGAAAAUGAGCAACUCAGAUAUCGCGGCCAAAGCCCUGUUGAAGAUAUGUUGAACCGGCGUCGCAGUAUGUACAAUUAUGAGCAUGAGAUGCGACAGGCUCACAAGAGAGGUAGUGGCUACGUCAAUGAUUUAUCGCAAAAUGACGAAGACUAA